CAUAGAACACUACAGUGUUCUUAGUGUUCUAUGCUAUUAUGAAGCUAUAGUUAUUUAUAAGUCAAUAGCCAUGUAGUUAUUUUAAAUUCAAGUUAAAUCAAACAUCGUUCACAUAAUAACCGCAAAAAUUUCCAUUUUAAUUAAGGUAAAAAUAUAGAUAGUGACGGUUACAAAAAAUGUAACAUACAUCUAUCUUUUUAACUUUAUCAGUGUAACAGAAAGUUGUUACAAACAUGAGUUCUGGAUUUGUUUCGGAAACAGAGCUUGCCGAACGGCGCAGAGUUCGUCAAGAAGAAUGGGAAAAAGUUAGGACAGCUGAACAGCCUUUGGUGGUACCUGAAGAACAGUAUGAUCACCGAUCAUUGUUCGAUAGACUUGAAGAACAACGCAGGAAAAAAGAAUACGAAUAUGAAGAAACCCAUAAACUCAAAAACAUGAUUAGAGGACUGGACGAUGAUGAAGUAGGAUUUCUUGAACUAGUUGAUAAGACAAAAAUGGAUGAAGAAAGACGUCAACUAAUUGAAGAGGCCAGGCAGAUUGAAGAAUUUCGUUCAAAAGUAUCAACUCUUCAAUGUGAAACUACAGUUUCUCCAUUAGUGGCCGCUAUUCCUAAACCACAGACUUUAAAAAAUAGUGUAACAAGAAAAACACAGAGUAAAUUAUUGGCUGGAGCAAUCGUAAAGAAGAGAACAUCUGAAGAAACUACUAAUCCUUCAAAAAAACUUAAACCUACCACUGAUGACUCUAAAAUAUUACCAGAAAAAUCAACAAGUGAAACAAAAUCUAACAUUUUACCGGGUCUUGCAUAUUCAGACAGCUCAGAUAGUGAAGAUGAUUAGUUCCUUGUAUACAAUUUCAGACUUUAAGGAAAUAAGAAGAUUUCAAUAAAAAUAAAAAUAUCUAAAUGAUUCAUAAAUUCAACUGGUAUUUAUGUUUUGACAUACAAAACAUUUAAGUCUUAUAGUAUACAUUUAAAAUUACAUGAUAUAAAUAAAUUAAAUUGUUAAAUUAUCAUA